CAAAGAACGCGGUGAGCGGCGGCGGCGAAAGGGGGCGGCAAAUUCGGGACGGCAACUCCCGGCCGCGCCCGCCCGUGCCGCCGCCGCCGGGGCUGGGUCCGAGGCCGCGGAGACAAUGCGGCCGGGCUCCGACCCCGCGCGCCUCAGAGUGCGGGCGCCUGCGCUCCCCCGGCCCCUAUUUGACCGUCCCUCGGCUCGCCCAGCCCCCUCCCGGCCAGCUUGGCCCCCGCCCGGGGAAGGGGCGCCCCCUCGCUCCCGCAGCCGGGAAGGAAGUCGGCCCGCGGCCGCCGAGCCCGGCAACUUGCGAGCCGGGAAAAGUUUGCGGCGCCUCCGCGGGGCGGCGCGGCGCGGCGCGGCCCGCCCCUGGCGUCCACGGUCACCGCCGGUGACUUUCUGGACUCGUCGUCAGCCCGGGCCGCGGCGCGGCCGGUGGCGACUGCGGGGAGGGCCAGAGUACGUCCGAGGGCUCCCGCGCAAGGGGCUGCGGCCCUGGAGAGUUGCUGUAGAAGAGGGAUAAGAGAGGAAGACAACACAGGAGGAGAUAAGUCACUCUGGACACAAGGGAAGGUCUUACCGCUAUAUAGUAAUUAUUGAGCAGAGGGGAAAGGGACAAGGGAAGGAGUAGACUGCAGUCCAGCUAAUAACCUGGGUUUCCUCAUGUAUCACCCUGGCUCAGGUGCUGUCUCCUCUACCCCCUCCCUUUUUAUACCCCUUUAUUUAGUACUUAAAUACUUUUCUGAUUCACUUUGAGAAACAUUGAUUAUGUUGUCUGCCUCAAAAUGUUAAUCUUGGUUUUGGAUUUUAGGCUCUGUGAUCCUCAACCUUGCAAUGGCUUAGGGGUACCAACUGUCUCCUCUUGGAAUCUAGCCUUCCGAAUUAUUGAAGGGUAGAGAUUUCUAUCUCUGACCCCAAAGGAAUAGAUCCAGAAUCCAUCUCCAAAUUUGCCUUGUCAGAGAAGUAUAUGCCGUCAAGACAUGGCGAUGUGAUCAGACAGGCCACUGCCCCUGACUUUGAAAAAUACCUUUACUUUCUAGAGCUCAUGUACUUUCCAAAGUACUUUGUCUCUCAUUAGCUUACUUUCCCCUUACAAACAGUCCUGUAAAAUAUUGACAUUAGUAGACAGACUCCUACAAGGCCCCUCAAAUCUUGCAAGGCUAUUCUUCGCUAUCUUCACAUCAUUUUUUUUUUAUUUUCCUAAAAUUGAAAACCUUUCAUCACUUUCUAUUUGUACCCAUAUCAGAUGGAGCCUCCUCUGCUUGGCUUAUAUGGUGACCUUAAAACCAGUGUCCUAUCCUACUCUGAAUAUAUUCUCCACAUAGUUCCUGGAACAUGGAACACUUAACCACCGGCCUUAGCCCAUAUUGCUUCCCUUAUUAGUGAUGCCUCCUCGAACCGCUCAGAUUCUACCCAUUCUUCAGUUUCUAACUCCUCCUUGGAGCCUUCCUAGAUCAUUAAUUCCUUAAAGAUUACAUCUUGCUCUGAAUUCCAAUGGUAGCUACAGCUAUUUGGUCAAUUAUAACCUGGUAUUAAAGUCCUAAUGGAGAAAAAUAUAGCAUAAAUUUGAUAAGUAGAAGAAAACACUAGACUAAGUCAGUUUUAGAAGACUUGAUGUCUACUAAAGAGCUGUGGGAGCCAAGCCAGAUUGCUUUACCUUUGUGGUUUAACAUUUUCUGAGCUGUUAACGUUAAGAGUUUGGGGCAGAUGAUGUCGAUGGUUCCUUCUUAUUCUGAGGCUUUGGGACAACUUGACCUUCCUAAUGUCGGAUAGGAUUGGGGCUCUUAAUUGAGUUCUUGGAUAAAAAGGUCAGGAAUGGGCACUCAGUUCCUUCAGGACUUGUUCUAUCCCACAGAUUUCUGAUGCUAAACAUGGCAAUUUUUGAAAGCUGUCUACCUUUUUUGUUAAGCUUUUUAACCACAAGCACUCAGGGAAGGUUAAUGGGGGUGAAUUAGGUAGCAGGAUGAUGCAUUAAGGAUAAUAAAGAGUCAUUUUGUGAAUGACUUCCUAUGAGGGAAUAAAUAAGGUCAGCUAUUGAAUAAACCAUACAUCUUAGCAUUUAAAAUUUACUUUGCAUUUCAUCUUCAUUGAGUAGUGCUAUAUAUAAAAUACAGUUAUAUUUUCUUCUUAAUCCUUUCAUAAGUUGAAAAACGUUAAAAUAGUCAAACUGUAGGAUAGACACUAGAUUACUUUCCAUAGUAAUCCAUGUUGUAAGUCUGCAUGUCUGUGUGUGUGUGUGUGUAUGUGUGUGUGUAUCAUAUGCACAUUACACUUAAAUUAAGAAGGGUAUCCCUAAGUUAUAAGGUCCCAUUAUACAUUGACCAGAUUUAAGAAGAGUAUCUCUUUAAAAUGUGUUGACAUUUAAUUGACCUUUGAAAGUUCAUUCUGUUAAUCAUACUCAAAGUGCUAAAGCUAUGGUUGACUGCUCUGGUGUUUUUACAUUCAAUCGUGCUUAGCAUAUAAAUUCUACAGUAUAAUUGUUACUUAUUUAGCAAGAGUUUCCUUUCUUCUUUGGAAAUAUGAGUUGUGUUUCAUUUUUGCAUCUUUUUUUUAACUUUGCUUCAGGCUGGAUAGUGUUAGAGGUUUGAAUUGAAAUGCCUUCCUGUCAUUAGUUGUAUGGGGUGUGGCUCCUUAAUAUAGGAGUAAUGGAAAUUUCUUGCUUAGUGGAAGCAUACUUUUCUUCUGGCAGAAGUUUGAGGUGUGCUGCUAAAAUUUAGAGAAGCUUAGCACCUCAACACUAUAUAUUUUUAACAUAAUAAAGUUUUGAAAAUCUUUCAAGUCCAUUUAUGUAACCUAAAACUAUCAGUACGAAUACUUCUCAAUUAUUAAACAAGGACUCAAAGGAUUUGUUUUCAUAGUAAACUCUUAAUUAUAUUCCUUGAAUCGCUGUGAGUGGAAUUUAACUUUAUUAUGAAGGAUGUACUUGUUUAAAAAAAUGUCAAAUAUGUUUCUUUUUAAAGCUUAACAUUUUAUUACUAUCACCUAGAGAAAUUCUGCGGAAUUGUUUACAAAUUUCUGGGUAUUAAAUUUAUGAAAUCAGUCUGUGGAAAUAAUUUUUAAUAUGGUUCACUGUCUUACAUGUUUCUAAAUUAAUAUUUCUAAUGAUCAUGAAAAAGUAGCUACACUUUUUGCUAAAUGUUAAUAGAAAAAUAAAAACGUAUAAUUUCCUGUGUUUGCUAGCUUAUCUUUGAGAUUCUAGACAUGGUUUGCAAAAUAUUUUUAUCUUAAAAGCUGUUUUUAAAUAGAGAAGAUAAAGUUUAAACCAUAGUUUUUAUUUUCAUGAGGUCAUCUUACACUUUUCACCUGUGUAGCUCCAUAUUUGAGAUGUGUUCUCUUCCCUGUUUUAUAAGUUUUGAUGUCAUGAUAUCCUUUAUUUAUUCACAUAUUAUAAGCAUGGUAAAGAGUCUCAUCUCGUGAAACUGACCUUAUUUUCUCUUCAUUGUCUCUCCUUCCACGGUGCCUUUUUUUCCCUGCCUUUUUUUGUUUCUAGUUUUACAACUUACGCUGUCCUUUUCAUCUCAUUAUAGCCCCACUUCCAAAGGAAAAUAAGUUCUUUUGCCUUAGUCCAAACAUUUCACUUCAAAUUCUAUCCUUUUUUAGAAUAUACAAUGAAGCCUCUUAAGGAAUAUUAUGUAAAUAAUGCAUAAAGGAUGCAAAUGACUGCAGUGCUGAAUUGCAAUGCUGCAAUGCAAUGUACCCGAAUAGUCAGACAUAGGGUAUCUCAGGCUAAGGGUGAACUCUAAUACUUGCAUUUUGUAAACUGGUUUCAACAGGUAGAUUGAUUUCUUCCUUGGCAAUUAAGUGUCUCAGGACCAGGCCAGAUUUGGUUAAAUACAAAAUGUUUAGAUAAAGCAUGGUUCCUUGGGUUAUCUUUCCUGGCAGUUCUCCUGGAUUAAUGACACAUACUGACAAAAUCAACACAUUUGCUCUUCUUUUCUGUUUGAAGUCUAUUUUAUCAUUAUACAGAGCUUUUUGUCAUUUGAAUCCAUAUAUAUGUAUUCACAGAUAUUUUAUUUUCAUUUUACUAAACAAAUUUUUAUAUUAUUCUUUCAUUUAUCAAACCCUGUUCUAAAUACUUUAAAAAUAUUAGUUUAUUUAAUUAUCUUGACUCUAUAGUUAUAGCUAUCACUAUAUAAUUAUAGUUAUUAUUAUUGUACAAUUGAGACAACUAAGACACAGAGUUUUAUUUAAUGGUGGGCCUUAAAUGAGGGGAGACUGAUAAGGGUAGGCAGAGUGGAUAACUGAGAAAUAGUGCUAAGAAUCAAUAGGAAGAUCUGAAAGAGUUUUGGGAAGAUGAGUCUACAUGGAAAGGGUCAGAGACUUAGCUCAACCUAGUCCUAAUUAGCAAUAUGUCUUCCGUUCUCAAUUGUAAGCCUUGGGCAGAAUCAAGAGCCAAACUUAGGAGACACUCCUCAGUCCUGGGAAGUGAUCAUUGUAUGAGAAGUGACCAUUGCCAUUGGUUUCAGCUGAGGUGGGCUGUACUGGCUCAUUGUGAUUCUCAGGGUUGCAUGAACCUAUAUACCUUACCUCCUCCUAGCAUUUCUUAGGACUCCAGCUUCUUUCCUCCUGCAGAGUUUUUAACUUCUCUCUCUGCUGGAAACUUGGGCAUUGUAAAUACAAGUGGCGAAUUUUUUUUUCCCCAGUCUAACCCCAGCCCACUUCAUUUUCUCUUCUUGCCCUAAUUUGUACAUUAUUUUGAAAAUGUCAGUAGUGUUUACGUGUGUGUGUGUGUGUGUGUGUGUGUGUGUAUUGUAUGAAGUUUAGGGACUGAUGUUAAGCAACAAGAUUAAAGGACAAAGUUAUCUUUUCUGUUGGAAUUGGGGAUGGAAGAAGAUAAGAAAACAGCUAAACGCAAGAAAUAUAAAGGAGAGAGACAGAGAAAAGAUAGGUGGAGAAAAAACUGUGGUGAAAAAUUGAAGAAAGAGAAUUACUGAUUUGCUUCACACCCACACCUCCUCCCCAACUUCACACUAACGGAGGCGAUUUCUCUCUCUUUUGCCUGACAUGAGGUUCACCAGGAAGUUAUUCGCCUUGGGAGUGGAAAAUUUCUCCCUUUUGCAUUUUGAGACUUGGGUGUGCUGCUUUGAGAUGCCACUGGUAUCUAAGUGAUAUUUGUUUAUACUGGAUAUUUUUCACUGUAGCCUUUGUGGAUGGGGCUUAGAAUACAAACAAUACUGUUAGCAGAACUGCAGGUACUCGAUUGCUAUGUUUAUUUUAUUAGUUAAAAAACUGCCAGAGCCCUAGGACUUCUGAGCACAUUUAAAAAAUACCAGAGGCAAUUUUAAGAAAUGCUUUAGAAAGAAAAAAUAAGAAAAGUUAGGACCUUCAGGCUCUAGAAUGCCAACCAACAUGGUAGGUUUCUUUUCAAUUAAUGUUUUCAAAACCUCUAAAUUAGGGUAGUUUCACUAGUUAUUGUCUAAAGUGGGUUCAAAUUACUCUUCUUAUAUAUAAGUCUUCAUUCCUUAGUAGAUAAUUUAGGUAAAAUAAAAGUGUGGUACUUUUGUUGCAUAGAAUGUAAAACUAAGGUUAAUUCUUUAGGGAAUUUGGGAUUUUUUUUGGAUGCUGCUUAUUAAAUCAUCUCUAAUGACUUCUUGGUCAGUUCACAGGUCUGAAUAUAUUUCUUAAUAAUUUGCAAUUGUAUUGGGACAGAAUCACUGAAAUUGUGAUGUUCCCAGAUAAAUCUAACAUAUAUGGUCACUUUUAUACUUAAACUUUCUGAAAAUUCAUUUUAUAAUUCCCUGAAGUCUCUCUCUAUCCUAGUUUCUGUAGAAAGGUACAUUAUUUAGCAGCAUUUAUGAAAAACACCCAGUUUAACAAUUAUUGAACUAAUCUAAAUGAUAAAAGUUUUGAUUUGAAGAAAUUAAUUUAUUUUUAAAUGGUUGUUUCUCAGGUGGAGGGCCCCAGUCUUCACAGGUUUGAUUAGAUCUCCAUUAGUAAAGCAAAGAAAAUGAAAGAUUUUUUUCUGUCAUUGCAUGACAAUAACAUUGUUCAGACAUUUGAAGAAUCACUAAUAAAUUACCCUUCUAGAACAGAAAGGGAGAAAAGGAACUUUUCUUUCUCGUUUGUUCAUUUUCAUUUUACCCUUUCCUGUAACCAUUUAAAUUUUUACUUCGCUCCACUGUUCAUCAAAAGUUUCCCAUUUGUACAUUCUAGAUUACUACCAUGUUAAAUUUUCUUAGAAUUAGACAGAAACAGAACCUGGGCAUUUAGAAGCGAAUGGAAAUCAUCCCAUGCCUUCUCAGAUUCUCCUCCCCAAAUGCAAGAGGAGCAAAACAGAAGUUGGUGGCUCCUCACUGUUGCUUCUGUGGCUGUCCUGUUUGGUUGACCUAAGCUUUUUUACUUCCAUUCUUAAUGCUAAAAUCUACAAAUGAAAUUAGGGCCACUUAUACUGUAUUUCCCUCAUCACCCAUCCCUAGUGGUUCAAAUUUAGCACAAAUCUGCUGUGAGUACAUAUUAAUUAGGCUAAUAUAAUAGGAUGAAAUUAUAACAUGAGUUUUUCAAUAACUGUAUUUUGAAUAGAAGUAUGAUUUUGGCUUAUGAGUUUAGUUAUUUUGUUGGAAAUCUAGAAAAUCCUUAUGUGAACAACUAAACUGCUAAUAGCCCCAAACAGUGUAAGUCAAUCAUUAACUUGCAGUAAACUCUGCUGAAAGUGUCUUUGAUUUUGAGAUGCAGUGAGCUAUUUCAAAUUAAGUUUCCCGUUUCUACAUGGAGUGGUGUGGAGGUCUUGUAACCUGAUUUCAAGAUUGAACUCUGAAUAAGACUUUUUUUGUCCCUGUUUUCUGUAUGCGAUGUCACCUCAGGUAUAAGGUAUAUGAGCCUCUUUUCUUUUGCUAUUUAUAACCCAAAUCUCAUGCCAGACAGUAUUGGAGACAAUUAAGUUCUUCUACAGAAAAUUUCAUAAGUCAUCUACUAACUACUGUGCCUGUAAAUAUAUACUCUAAAACUAUUUUGUAGUCCGGCUAUUUUUAAAAAUGUGUGGGUGUGGGAAGUGAUGGUGAAUGAAGUCAGGAUAAUUGGUGCUUCUUUGUAUUAAGAAAAAUCACACUAGGUAAAGGAAGACUUUUCUAUGAUUUGUAUAUGUUUAAUUUCAAAAAAUCCUUCCAACCCUCUCCUACUUCAGCUCCUACCCCUACCUCAUAAAUUCAAGCAAUGAAUGAAGGAAUUAGAGUCAUAGGAUUUUAUAGCUGGAAGGAUUUUAGAGCAAAUCUGAUUAACUCUUUUAUUACACUUGAGGAAAUUGAUAUUCAGUGAUGUCAAAUGAGAUCAUAUAGCUGUUUAAAAUUCCAAAUGACAGGGGCGCCUGGGUGGCUCGGUCGGUUAAGCGUCCGACUUUGGCUCAGGGCAUGAUCUCAUGGUCCGUGAGUUCGAGCCCCGUGUCAGGCUCUGUGCUGACCGCUCAGAGCCUGGAGCCUGUUUUGGAUUCUGUGUCUCCCUCUGUCUCUGACCCUCCCCUGUUCAUGCUCUGUCUCUCUCUGUCUCAAAAAUAAAUAAACGUUAAAAAAAAUUUUUUUUUAAUAAAAUUCCAAAUGACAUUAGUAGUUUAUUUCCAUUAGUAAACACUGUUCUGAUUAAUCUCCCUUAACAUGUUCAGAAUCAGACGGUAAUAAUAAGGAAAAAUAACUAACAUGUGUAUGGUACUUUAUCAUAUGUAUGUUACUCCUCAGAAGAACUCUAUAAGGUAUAGGUAUCAUAGUUUCCAUUCACAGAGAAAAUUGGCUCAGAGAUCUGUCCAUGCCAGUCUCCAUCAAAAGGGCCCAGGACUCCCAUCUUCUCACCUUGGCAGAAGCUUCAGCUGGUCUCAAGACAGUUCUCACAUCUUUUGUGUAUAGCUUUGGCUUUAAACUUGAACCAAUUAUUAAGUUUCAUCUAUUUUAUCACUUUUAAAGAGGAAAAAUUUUUAAAGAGCUAUGAGCUUAUAAAUUUUGCAAAAGGGAGCCUGGGUGGCUCAGUCGGUUAAGCGUCCGACUUCAGCUCAGGUCAUGAUCUCACGGUUCGUGAGUUCAAGCCCCGCGUUGGGCUCUGUGCUGACAGCUCAGAGCCUGGAGCCUGCUUCACAUUCUGUGUCUCCCUCUCUCUCUGCCCCUUCCCUGCUCAUGCUGUGUCUCUCUCUGUCUCAAAAAUAAAUAAACAUUAAAAAAAUUAAAUUUUGCAAAAGAGAUGCUGGAUAAUUUAAAAUAAGGUGUAUUUUAAGAAUCUCCUUAUCAACGUUUUAAAAAUUCAGCCAGUAUAUAUUGAGUACCUACUAUGUGAAAGACACAUUAUGGGCUGCUCCAGUAAACACAAUAGUGAUUGAGACAGAAUCAAGGCCUUCAGGGAAGAGGCUCAUGCAAUCUUCUCUCCCUUCAAAGGAUUACCUGCAUAGAGAACUGUUCUUAAGAAAUGUCUGGCACUGUCUACAUUACUCUUGAGAUAAGACAGCUACUACAUUUCACCCUUGUGUUAGGGAUGCCGACCCCAGCACAGUCAAAACUCCAUGUAUAAUUUAUGACUCCCUAAAACUUUACUAAUAGCCUACUGUUGACCAGAAGUCUUACUGAUAAUACAAACAAGCAAUUAACACAUAUUUUAUAUAUGUAUUAUAUACUGUUUUAUUACAGUACAGUAAGCUAGAGAAAAAAGUUACUAUGAAAAUCAUAAGGAAGAGAAAAUACAUUUACAAUACUGUGCUGUAUUUACCUAAAACAAUCAUAUGUAAGUGAACUCGUGCUGCUCACACCUGUGUUGUUGAAGGGUCGGCUGUAAUUCUUAUGUCUGAAAUGGAUCAAUUUCUUCUGAAUAUUUGUAUUAAAGUAUUCACAUUCAAGAAAACUUUUAAAAUACAGAAAAGUAGGGGGCAUCUGGGUGGUUCAGUUAGUUAAAUGUCAGACUCUUGACCUCAGUGCAGGUCAUGAGUUCAUUGGGCUCCCUGCUGGGCAUGGAACUUACUUAAAAAAAAAAAAAAAGAAAAGAAAUACAGAAAAGUAGAAAGAAAAAAGUCACAUGUAUAUUCUGCAUUUUACCAUGGUAAUAUUUAUGUCAUCCAUACGGUUUUUUUGUUGGCUUUUCUUUUACCUGAUGGGGUAGAUAAUGUUCUGUAUCAUUGUAUAGCUUUGUAAACAUGUUUUAAUGAUUAUGUAAUUUUAGAAAGAGUCGGUUUCUAUGUGUGUCAAUAAUCUGGCUAUUCUAUGGCAAUUUCUGAUGUUAUUUUAUACAAAAUGAUUAAUAAAGUCUCUAACCUGGACUACUACUAAGAAAUACUUUCUAAAGGUAUUUGAAAAAAAUAAUGAACCAAGUAGCAGAUUACUUUCAAAUCUUUCUUUAAGAGCAUCAAAAUAAUUUUAUUUACUUAAAAUUGAAAUGUCAACUAUGUGUAGUUUGACCUACAUUAGAAAUGGAUUUUUUGAAAUUGUGAAAUGUAUAAACAUAUAUUUUUAAUAAUUAUUUUUGAGAGAGAUAAAGAGAGGGCGAGCAGGGGAGGGGCAGAGAAAGAGGGAAAUACAGCAUCCAAAGCAGGCUCCAGGCUCUGAGCUGUCAGCACAGGGCUCAACACAGGGCUCAAACCCACGAACCAUGGGAUCAUGACCUGAGCUGAAGUUGGAUACUUAACCUACUGAGCUGCCCAGGUGCCCCAAACAGAAAUAUUUUUUGAAUACAGUUUCCUUUAGAGAAUUGUGUUCUUCUGAAAUCAUUUCUCAUUACUCUGAAGGUAAAGUAUUAAUCAUGCUGAAUUUUUACUGUUGGAGGGCAUUUAAUCUUACAGCUUUGAUUAAGAAAAACAAGAACUUCUGAAUUCUGCCAUGUGAUUAUUACAAUGAAAUUUAUCUUAAAUUCACCUUAAUGGCCCUUUAGAAAUAUGAUUUUAUGUUUCAACAGGACUAGGAAAGUAUUCCUAGGUGAGAGUUGCCUUUUUUUUUUUAAGGUUAUUUAUUUUUGAGAGAGAGAACAUGGGGGAGGGGCCAAGAGAGAGGGAGAGAGAGGACCCAAAGUGGGCUCUGCACUGACUGAAGACAGCUUGAUGUGGGGCUCAAACCCACAAACCCUGAGAUCAUGACCUGAAGCAAAGUCUGACACCUUAAUCACUUGACUGACUGAGCCACCCAGGCACCCUGAGAGUUGCUCUUUGUGAAGAGUCUAAUGGAAACCUGAAGUGGGGAAAAGCUGAGCCAGCAGGUUGUCAGAGGGAUGCAGCCUAGGAACUGCUGCCAGUGAUAUGCCUGAGAGAAGGGAAAGAGAGGGGAUGGGAGGAGUUGGAUGGAAAGUCCCUUAUUAGACUGAAGGCUAGGAUGCCCUGACCCUCUGGAAUCCCCCUCCCUAGUGAGAAAGCCAGCCAGAGUAGGAGAGAGGCUGGGGCAGAUGAAAGAGAAAGGUAAUAACCAAAAAACUGAUAAACUGGAAGAGUUCCUGACUGGAGAACCCUGGCCUAAACUGUAAAUCAGUAUUAUUUUAAAGAUUUUGGCAAAUGAAUAAAUACAUGUUGGUGAAUGAGUGAAUGAAUUGUUUUAUCACCAAAAGAUCUGGGUAUUUGUUUCUACUCUUAAAGUAUUUUUUUCAUUAAUUUUUAUACCCAAUUUACAAUGCAAACACAAUUUUUAUUGAAUUUUCACUGUCUCAUAUUUAUUCAAACUAACACCUUCCCCAACUGCACAAAUGAUUUAGAAGAGCCUACAAUAGGCAAAAUAUCAGAAUAGGAAAGUGAGUGUAUGAUUCCAGCUCCCAAAUCCUAGUGUUCCCAUAUGUGUGAUGAUGAUAGUAAAUGUUUCAUCAUACCAUGGCAGGGAUAAAAUGAGAUCAUGCAUAAACAUUGCUUGGCAUACAACAAAAAUGAUGUAUUAAAGUUAAGGCUAUAAACUUGAUACACACAGUUUAUUAAGCUUAAUUCUCUAUUUCUCACUACCAUUUUAUUAGAGAUUGUUAAUUGAACAAAAAAUACUUACAUUAAUAUCUAGAGUAGAAGAGAUUUUAUUCUUUGUAACUAUAAGCCCUAUACUAUCCAAGAUACUGCUUUUCUUCCUAGUAUUUGAGUUUCUCAAUCUUGCAUGUAUGCACAAUCCAUGGAAAAAUGUUCCCAGUAAAUACCUACAGCCUUCAUCCAUUUUCAACAGGCAAUGAGUGGGUAGGUCUAUAUUUCUAUUCAUUACCAAAAAAAGCAAGGAAAAGUUCAACAUCAUUGUCAUUAGCAAGAAAUAAAAUGAGAUUUGGGGUGCUUGGGUGGCUCAGUCAGGUAAGCAUCCCACUCUUCUUUUGACUCAGGUCAUGAUCCUGGGGUCGUGCAAUCAAGCCCCACAUCGGUCUCUGCUCUGAGGGUAGAGUAUGCUUGGGAUUCUCUCUCUCUCCCUCUGCCCCUCUCCCUGACUCAUGCACUCUUUCUCUCUCUAAAAUUAAAAAAAAAGAAAUAUAAUAAUUAGAAGACUGAAUUAGGCUAACAACUGUGUGGACUACUAAGUAUAAAUAGAAGAAAGUGAAGAUGAAUUUCGAAGGGACAAUUUUGUACAAAAGUUGUACAUUUAUUUUACUUCCAUUUCAGAUCACUUCUAUGUAUGCUUUCUAUGAAAGGAAACAGAAACUACUUGUGUUUUUUGUCUGUAGGUGUGUUUUCUGAAGGAAAGGAUAGAGGCCAAAUUCCAAUACUGUUGACACAGUUGCCUGGGACUUUGGCCUUCAGAGAGAUGGUAUGUGGAAGGAUGCAGAGCACAACCUGGACACUAGGCCCUAUGGUGGCAUGAAGCACCCAUUCCUUGGGUGCUGCUGUAAACCUUCAGAGGCUAGAGCAGGUGGAGGUUAGAUGGACACAGAGGAGAUACAUGGAGCCAGAGGGAAAAGCCUCACCUAUAUGUCCCUUUGCAUUUCCAUUGCCAAGGGAGAGUCCUAGUAUAUAUAAAUAAGUUGACCAGUAAAGCAGUGAUAACUCCCACCACCUGCUGAUAAGUGCCUAAAACCUCACCAUUCAAAUGUAGGCCAUUUAAUUUAAAAACUCUGAUAUGUUAAAAUCCAGAGAAUUGUGUGUAUUAGCAGAAGGAGGUAAUGGAGCUUGAGUGGCUAUAAUAUUUUAAGCUGUUCUAAGUUGUGCACAGCUUAGGAAAGUGUGUGAUUAUAGAAUCAAUAAGAGGGCUCAAGACUGAAUGGUUUAGGGUAGCUAAGAAAAAAAUUUUUUUUUUUUUAAUUUAAAUCCAAGUUAGUUAACAUAUUGUGUAGUAAUGGUUUCAGGACUGAAACUUAGUGAUUCGUCACUUACAUAUAACACCCAGUGCUUACAUAUAACACCCAGUACAUAUAACACCCAAAUGCACUCCUUAAUGCCCAUUCCCCAUUUAGCCCAUUCCCCACCCAAUACCCUGCCAUCAACCCACAGUUUGUUCUUUAUAUGUAAGUGUCUCUUAUGGUUUGUCUCCCUCUCUGUUUUUCUCUCAUUUUUACUUCCCUUCCCCUACAUUCAUCUGUUUUGUUCCUUAAAUUCCACAUGAGUGAAAUCAUAUUUGUCUUUCUUUAAUUUCGUUUAGCAUACAUAAUACACGAAUUCUGCCCACAUUGUUGCAAAUGGCAAGAUUUAUUCUUUUUGAUCGUUGAGUAAUAUUCCAUUGUGUGUAUGUACCACAUCUUCUUUAUUUGUCAGUCGAUGGACAUUUGGGCUCUUUCCAUACUUUGGUGAUUGUCCAUAGUGCUGCUAUAAACAUUGGAGUGCAUGUGCCCCUCCAAAUCAGCAUUUUUGUAUCCUUUGAAUAAAUACCUUGUAGUGCAAUUGCUGGGUCAUAGGGAAGAAAAAAUUUUAAACUUUUAACUGGGACCAGUCCUAAACUAUCCACCACCAGGAGGACUUAAUCCUUCAAAGAGUUAAAACUAAUAUGAGGAACACUAUAAAAACUGACUAGGAUAUAGACAUCCAGAAUUGCACUUUUGGGUGUGGAGACUCUUAGGAACCUUAUCUACUGGGGCUAGAGCACCCAGCGUUCCUAUCGUUUUGAACUAAGUUGUUUUCUGUGAACAUUUCCAGUGUUAUAAAAGACAGUAUGUAGAAUCUGAUGUAUUGGAUACAAUUGAGUCUUAUUCUGCCAUAUUUGUGUUUAAUUCAUGAUUUUUUAAUUGGAUUUACUAGUAUUAUUUCUCAAAUAGUGACAAGAGUUUUUUUGUCUCAAGCAAAUUUAUUUAGUUACAUCUUUCUAGGUUAGUAGUUCUCUGCCAAGAAAAUACGGCAAAAUCGUUUGAUAGCUUUUGCAAAAUACACACACUCAGACCUUCCCCUUCUGAAUAACAAUUGCAAAACGGAUGGGGCAAGAGGUAGUGCAGGUAUGUGGUGUUAGAAGAAGCUAUCCUGAUAAUUCCAUUGCCAGCUUCUCAUUUUGAAAAUUGCUGUUCUAAUGGAACCAAUACUGUUCAAUUACCAGAAAACAAGCAAAGAGUUUAACAUUGAAUCUCACUUAAACUUGGCAAAAUUGUUCAGUACCUUGUUGGAAUAAAUCCACUUUACCUUCCAUGUAGAUUUCAUCUAGCUAGUGUCUUGCUAAAAAGGAAGUCCACGUAUACAGGCAGUGAAAUAUACUGUGUUGAUGCUUGUUAAAUACCCUGCCAUUUAUGUACACUUGUAACUGAAAUUUUAUUGUCUUCCAUGCUCUGGAGGAUUUUUUGUAUUUAUUCAUAAGAGUUCUGAGCAAAAGGCUGGAUUUUCAAAGUUGUGCUAAGGUUUAAUAUCUCUUUAACAUGUUCAUUGAAUUGUUAUUUGAGGUUAUUUGCGUAACAUGUACUAGUCACCAUUUUUAGUUUGUAGGUUAAAGUUAUUAUUUAAAAGUGGUAAAAUUCCAAGACAAGUACGGGCUCUGUCACUUUGAGAAAAAUUUAUGAAGUAAAAAUAUUUUCUUUUGGUACACAGUUACUGUUAUACAAUGUCUUCACAGGGUGUAAAGGCUUGGUAUUUAUCUGUUUUAAUUACAGAGUACAGAGUAUGGUGCCAGAGUACGGUUAGUAUUUGUGACUAACUUAAAAGAAGUGAGUGUCUUGGUGAGAAGUUCACAAGGUUGGUAGCUAUAGCUGAGUUUGGUGAACUGACUGGAGCUCCAGUCAGCGAUGGUAUAUGUGAAUGCCAAGUACUAAGAAUUUCAGGAAUGUAGAAUUGCACAGCACUGAUAAAGUUUGCUUUGUUCCCCUAUGUGACUUGACCCAUUGAGAAAAUGUGGUUCCCUAGGAAGUUUUAAUAGUUCAAAGUCCUUAGUUAAUAAAGAAAAAGGGCUCAACAUAAUUCAGCUUGUUUUCACCUGCUGCCUCAAAGAUUAACUUUCUUAACCUUAAUGGGAUAGAGUUACCCUUUGCUUUGAGAAAGUAAUUUAUGGAGCUCUUCACAUUUGUUAGUUUCAGUAAACAUGACACUGUUUGUGUGGAUUUUGUUUUGGUUUUGGGUUUGGUGUCCCAAACUACUAAGACUUUUGCAACCUGAGAAUCUUAUGGUAACUUCUUCUAAAAAAUCUCAGGGAAAGGCACACCCACUGUUCUGUAUUAACUUAAUCUUUCACUAGACUAGGAAGCGUUUCGAAUUCCUUCAGGAGAGUAGUGACCGAUAGAGUUUAACCUUCAGUUUUCCUCAUUUAUUUUCAUAAGAGAAUGGGAGUGGAAUUCAAAACAUUCAAAUUUGGAGUUAAUGUGCGUCACUCUGUUGCGAGUGAUAGGUUCUGUGUUUUUCCAGUGGGAAACUUUGAUCCACAAACUGAUCUAUGCCUGUUAUAGACCUCGUUAUUACUUUCUACUUUUCUCCUGAUUGUUGCCUACUCUUUCAAAAACGAGCUGACUAUACAAGUUGUCUCUGGGAGCAGAUUUCAGAGCAAGAGUGGUAUAUAAAAGCACGUAAGUCUCUUUUUUUUUAAUCAGAAUUUAUAAUGUUUGAAAUAGACCUUUUAUAUUUUCAUUGAGAGUCUAAGUUCACUUAAGUGUAGUAUUUAAUGUUAAUGUGUACUUUAUGUUGUUAACAUAAUUUAAUUUCUCUGUUUGGUCAUUUUCACUCAAAGAGGGAUUUUAAAUUGCAUAAUACGAAUUGGAGCCCUAUUAAGUAAUUCUGCCUUGUUUAUUUCUUAGCUAACAAUAAUGGAUGAAAGCAAUUUGCAUAUAUUUUCUUAGUCUGUCACAAAAUCCUACAGAAACUUGGUAGAUGAUUAACAGACAUGAAGCUUUUUGUUUUAAUAUUGAGACAUUUUCUAGAAUAUUUCUGCAUUGGAAUGAGAGUUGAGUAACAUACACAAUUACUUCUUGUGCAUCUUAGAAACACCUGCUAGGAACCAGUAUGCAGGUUAACAAAACAGAAAGAAGGUAUAUCCCUCUUGACAGUGAGCGACUGUAAACAUCCUCGACUGGAAGCUGUGAAGCCACAGAUGGGCUUUCAGUCGGAUGUUUGCAGCUGCCUACUGCCUCAGACUUCAAGGAGCAAUUAUCUUGUUAACUAAAACUGAAUACCUUGCUUUCUUUUUGAUUCAUUUUUACAGAGCUUGGGUGAAAAUGGUAUGAAUUAAAUGACUUUUAAACUAUCUCUUUGCAUCUUCAGAGGACUUCAGCGGGGCAUGAGGAGAGGUGCUCUGUGUAUUGAAUUUGCAAUAUCAAAAAAGAAAGGGAAAGAAAAGAAAAGAGACAAAGUAUUCCUGAGAGAAGUGAGGAAAUGUUUUAUAGUAUUCUGUUCUAAAAAAAAAAAAAAGUGUACUAGGGCAAUAGUUCACAAAUCACUCUAAACAGUGAUUUGUCCUGCUGUUUAUAUGUAAUUUCAAAAUACGUGUUUUUUAGAGCCAUUCACAAACAUUUCUAUGAAUGAAACCUAAAUUAUUUGAAAACAGAAAAAAGCAAAGCCCAGAGUAAAGAGUUAAUUCACUUUCACAUUAUUGAAUUAAACUUAUUUCCUCAUAGGUUCAGUCUUUAAGUAAUAAAGUAGUUUUCAGUUUAAAAAAGUACCUAAGAUAAACCAAUCUUUGAAAAAUCUAUUCUUGUUUAGGCUGAUUUUAGGCCAUUGUUGAUACUGUGUCCAUUCAAUUGAACUGUUGAUUUGUUUUAUGUAAUAGCACAUAUCUCUUAAAAGUGAUACAUGCAUCAAAUGCUACCCUAACUAUAUGAAGGCAUCCUAAUACUUUUGAAAGAAUCCUGUUAUGGACCUCUGUGAAGGAUCCAACAACUUGUAUUUUUUGUAAAUCUAUGUCUUAUGGCAGAUUUUUUAAAAUAUGAGACACUUAAAUAGUAGAAAUGAGAUACAUAAAAGGAGAUGAAAAUGGCAUCCUUUGUCCUCUAAAACACUGUAUUUUCUAAACAUGCAUUGUUGCCAUUAAUGUAGAAUUUAUAGUUAUUGUUUCCUAUUUAAUACUCACUGAUGAUGUCAGUAAGAGGUGAUACUGAAACAGUGUGACCACUAUUUAAAUUUUGUCCAGGCUACAGUUGAACAUUCUCAUUAGCUGAGAUGGAAGGAGCAUGUAUAGAAGUGCCUUUAAAUUUCUCUCAUACAUAAAGCCAUCAAGUGAAAACCUCAAUUAGUCAUGCUGGGACAUGAGAGGUUAGUAAGCUGUCACUGAGAGGGAUGAAGGCUUUCCAUCUGCUAGGCCUUGAGGUCUGGAAUUAAGAAUGUGGCUUGUUUUUUAAUAGGUAAACUUAAAACACUGAGAGCAGGUAACUCAGCUAUGUCCCGGGGAACUUAACCACAUUUCCUAGGUAAAUUAUGAUAGGUUUGGAGAAAUGAGUAAACUUUUCCUAGUUCUUUGACCUUCACUUUCUUUAGAUUCUCCUCCUAUGUUAUUUCAUAUCCCCGACCUUGCCUCAUUGCCCUCUAAAUUUUCCAUUUCCCACCUAUUUAGUUAUUUGCCUCAUUUAAGUGAUUACAUAUUAGAAUAUUUUAGUUUGUAAAAAUCACAACUUUCUCAAAUAUUCUUAAAGAAAUAUAAAUCUCCAGAAAAUGUGCUGGAUAGUUUUGAAAUUAAUAUCUGUAAUAUUUUAUGUCUCAGGCCCUAUAUUUCACUAGGAAAAAUCUAAAAUGCUAUUUUAAAAUAAUUCAAAAGUAUCCUGUUUAUAUUUGGAAUAAGAUCUGGAUGCAAUUUUUUUAUUUCACAAAAAUAUCCAACUUUUAAAAUUUACAGUGUUAGAUAUCUACAACUACAUAGACAGAGUUAUUUGCACUUAAGUAGGAUAAAUUAAUAUUUAGCAUAAAUUAGAAACUGUUGCUAAUUCCUUUCAUGUGGUUUUCCUUCUUUAUAAAAAUUUUUAAGAUUUUAUGUUCAUAUCAGCAUAGUAACAUAUCAUGUAUUAUUAGGACAUAAAACUCUUGAAAUGGGCCACCAUAGGUCAGUUACUGAGAAUAAAACAUUGUUAAAAUGUGUGCUAGAUAAAUAUAACAUGAUUGUUGCUGUAAAGUUUAUAAUGUAAAACAAAAAAUAGCACCACACUGAGUAAUCAUCAUAACUAUUGCAUGUUUAAUUUUUGUUUGUGAUUUGCGAAAAUAAAAAUGGGUACAUCAUUAAAAGGGAGAUUUCUAUAGGAAGUGUAAGAGGUCUAAAAGUGGCACUGGUGACUCAUUUAAAUGAUACUAAUUUUCCCUGACCAUAAAACUCUAAUUUGAACCUGGACUCCAUUUUGUAGUGACGCUACCCAUAAUAUUACACAUGUGUAAAAUCUUUCCUCUGUUAAAGAAUAACUAAAACCAGGGGUGAGGACAAUGAGGGCAAAGGAAGCUACAUAAGAAUAUAGUCUUAGUAGCUAUACCUGUGAAACAUAUCCUUGCCCAAACAGAUGCUAUCACAAUUGCCUUGUUUUCUUUAAAACUGUAGCUAAAUAUUAUGGUUGGGGUGUGGAGGGGAAAUAUCUUUCUUGAGUGGUGUCAUUUGUGGUGGCUUAAAAAUUAUAAUGUAAAGAUACCAGUUGUUUUUCUGUAUCAGAGUGCAACUGGAAGUGAUUUUUCUUAAUAUUUAAAAUGACUUACUGAAUUCUUAAAGAUGGUUCUUAGUGAACUGUUUUAGCAGUCUCACUACAGUAAUGGAGAAAACUUUCUUCAUAUGGUACUAUGUCAGAAUAAAUAUUCUAGUUAUAGAAAAUAUGGUUGAUAGUAUAUGCUGUAGUUGUUUGUGUGCACUGACCAAGCUAUUAAAUCAUUUAAGAGAUUGGGUUUUUUAUGAUUAUUGUUUUUCCCCUUCAUUUUUACUCUUCUUGAUGGCAAAAAUCCAGUAAAUAAAAUGAAGAAAAAAAUCUCA